CCACCGCUCGCCGUCAUGGGCGGCCGCGCCUCCCGCCAGCGCGCCGACCAGCCGCCCCCUCAGCAGGCCCCCAAGCAGCCCAACUGGCCCCGGCCGCGCCACCGCCGCCCGCCCCAAACCCCGUCUCCCCCACCCCCUCCCCAGCACCCCCAACCCCAACCCCCACCCCAACCCCCGCUCCCCCCCGACAUCGGCCGCGUCCUAGGCCGGCCGAUGGAGGACGUCCGCGCCACCUACACCUUCGGCCGCGAGCUGGGCCGGGGCCAGUUCGGCGUCACCUACCUGGCCACCCACAAGUCCACGGGCUCCCGCUACGCCUGCAAGUCCAUCGCCGCCCGCAAGCUGGCCCGCGCCGACGACGUGGAGGACGCGCGCAGGGAGGUGCAGAUCAUGCACCACCUCACGGGCCACCGCAGCAUCGUCGAGCUGCGCGGCGCCUACGAGGACCGCCACUCCGUCAACCUCGUCAUGGAGCUCUGCGAGGGCGGGGAGCUCUUCGACCGCAUCAUCGCCCGGGGCCACUACUCCGAGCGCGCCGCCGCCACGCUCUGCCGCGAGGUUGUUAGUGUUGUGCAUAGCUGCCACUCCAUGGGGGUCAUGCACCGCGACCUCAAGCCCGAGAACUUUCUGUUUUUGAAUAAGAGGGAGGAUUCCCCGCUCAAGGCCACCGAUUUCGGGCUCUCCGUCUUCUUCAAGCCCGGCGAGCAGUUCAGGGAUCUUGUUGGGAGUGCAUACUAUGUGGCUCCAGAGGUGCUGAAGCGGCGAUAUGGAGCCGAGGCCGACAUUUGGAGUGCUGGAGUGAUCCUCUACAUUCUGCUCUCCGGCGUUCCUCCUUUCUGGGCAGAGAAUGAAGAAGGUAUAUUUGAUGCUGUUCUGAAAGGUCACAUUGAUUUCUCGUCUGAUCCCUGGCCAUCGAUUUCAAAUGGGGCUAAAGACUUGGUCAAGAGGAUGCUACGGCAGGACCCCAAGGAGCGGCUCACGGCUGCGGAAAUAUUGAAUCAUCCAUGGAUCAGAGAGGAUGGAGAGGCCCCAGACAAACCACUUGAUAUUACAGUGAUCAGUAGAAUGAAGCAGUUCAGGGCGAUGAACAAGCUUAAGAAGGUUGCCUUGAAGAUUGUUGCAGAGAGCUUGUCAGAGGAAGAGAUCGUGGGCUUAAGAGAAAUGUUCAAGUCCCUGGAUACUGAUAACAGUGGGACAAUUACUCUUGAUGAACUAAGGGCUGGCUUACCAAAGCUUGGGACCAAAAUUACUGAAUCAGAAAUAAGACAGUUAAUGGAGGCGGCUGAUGUUGAUGGAAAUGGGACCAUUGAUUAUGUUGAAUUCAUAUCGGCAACAAUGCACAUGAAUAGACUAGAGAAGGAAGACCACAUAUUUAAAGCAUUUGAAUACUUUGACAAGGACCACAGCGGGUACAUAACAGUUGAUGAGUUGGAGGAAGCUCUGAAGAAGUAUGAUAUGGGUGAUGAGGCAACAAUUAAAGAUAUCAUUGCUGAAGUGGAUACAGAUCAUGAUGGGAAAAUUAACUACCAGGAGUUUGUUGCGAUGAUGAAGAACAACAGUCCAGAGAUUGUUCCAAAUCGACGCCGCCUAUUUUAAAUCUUGCAAUGGUUUAUGCGAAGCUUGCGAUUCCUGUGAAUGCAUUUAGACAGGUGACCAGUCAAGAUCUUAAUUGGCGAGGAAUGAGCGAAGCCAUUCAUGCUUGGCCACGGAAUUUAGUAAGGUAUCUGCAAGUGAUCCUUUAUACUUGGGACACACUAUCCAUCAUUGGGAACUCUCCCCUUCAACGUGUUCUGAGCUAGGUCGCACUUUCUUGUGCUACCAUGUUAUACCAUUCACAUGUAUCCUUAUGAGUUAUGACUUAUGAGGCGAGCCGUCUGGUUUUGUGUUUCCUCCAAUUGAUCAUUUAUGUAAGAAUGGAUUUGUAAAACACUUAAAUGAUCAUAUCAAGGAAGAUCACGCUCCCA